GUAUCCACCACGUCUCCCAGGGUUACCGUCAACAAGUCUGUUCGCUAAGUGCUGUGUCCGCAUGCCUUUAGAUUUGAACAUUUACGAGAGUCUUUAUAGUAUUUGUGGAACCCUAAAUGAAUUAUCCGAAAGGUAAACUUAGUAUUAUACUAACGGAGACGUAAAGGUAGCUAUGAAGCUCACCAGCUGGCUACCGUCCGCAGUUAACAUGGUUAGCAUUAGCUAGCAUGCUAAUCUCAAUGAGAGGAACUGUUUACAGUUUUCAAAAUGACGAGUCAGGACUUCAGGACACUCGCUUACACGAAAAGCCCGAAAACUUCAAGAAGGACAACGUUUCAGGAUGAACUUCAGGCUGCUGUUUCUGCCAGAGCGAGCAAGACUAAAACAGACCAAUAUUCAUACUCUGAUGACUUCGAGGAGGAUGAAGACGAUUUCUUGAAUGAACUCCUCAAAUCCAGAAAAAAGCGCGCCGGUGCUUUCAAGGCUGAGAAGAGCAAGUCUAAAAUCAACGACUUUGAGAUCUCUGACGAUGAAAGCAAACCCGGCCGGACAAAGAGAGUUUCGUUUCUGAAAACCCAAAGAAUUAGCUCUCCCUCGGGGGACACAACGGCGUCAGAGUCACAUGAAAAGGAGCCGCUCGAGUACUCUGUCAGUCACAACAAUGACUACAAUAACUCGUUUUCCUCACAACACUCUGCAAAUGUCAGUGAAGAUAAUGACAGAUAUAAAAGCAGCGACGUGGAGUCCGCUGAUCAUCAAAUCACAAGACAGAACUCGAGUAAGUCUCUGUCAUGUCAGACCUCAGGGGAUUCUUUUCUGGACAUGCCUUUGCCUUUACCAUCUGACAACAGUGUGACAGAGACUCCAGAGGGGAAGAGCAGCUCUCCACAGACUCCACAGCUACCAGCAUCAGACCUCAAACAUGUGUCAUCAGCAGACACUGUUGCUGAGAGGGAGCCACCCAGACCAAAACCGAGGCAAAGGACUCUGGGACUGAUCCUUCAAGCUGCAGAGAAGAAAGUUGAAGAUGCUGAAUCUCAGGACCUCAGCAGGCCUCAGACUUCCUCUGCAUCAAUCAACCUCUCCACCACUGGCACAGACAGCAACACAGCUUGGGCAGGAGAAGAUCACGCAGCUUCACGUAGUCUCAGCAAAUCCUCGUCAAGUAAGAGUGACCUGUCACAGCUCAUGACCAAGUCCACGGUCGAUUCUGGAUCCAGAAAAAGCUUUUUCUCUGAUGACAGCAAAGAGGAGGCGAGGAAGUACUCCACAUCAUUUGAAGAGUUUAAUGAGGAGUCAUGUGAUCACACAAAUCAGCUCUCUCAUGAUCAGGGAGAAUCUUUUGAUAGCAGGACAUCCGGUUCUCAAUCCAAGACCACCCUCAGAUCUCAGAGUGUUUGCUCCAGGAACGUGGAGUCAAAGUAUUUAGGAAGUCUCAAAGUACUGGAUCGCAAAGUUUCACUCCAAGAGUCUCAGCCUCAGGCAGGAGAUUCACUCAGAGCUGUCAUUUACCAGGAAUGGCUUAGAAAGAAAAAGGAAAAGUCAAAAGAGAACAUGAAACUGAAGAAGACAGAGGAAACCCUGAAAGACAAAAAGAAAAGGGAUGAAGAAGCUAAAAAGGGAGAUGCUGUUGCAUCAUAUGAGGCUUGGAAAGAAAAGAAAGCAGAGAGUCUCAAAGCGAAAGCCAAAGAAGAGCAGGACAAAAUGAGAAAAGAGCAACAAGCGAUUGAAGAGAAAGAGGAGAAAAAACAAUCAGCCAAACAGGUGUUUGAAAAAUGGAAACAAGAGCACGAUCGUCUUCUGAAAGAAAAGUACCGAAAAGAAAGAGAAGCUGAAGAUAAACAAAAGUUCAAGAAACAAGAAAAGGAGGAAGAACGACAGAAAGAUAGCAAAUCUGCUUUUACAAACUGGCAUGAAAAGAAGAAGGACGUUCUCCAUGAGAAAGUUUCAACGAAGCGUAAAGAAGUCCUAACUAAAGCAGAGGAGGAGCGCUACAUGAAAGAGGAGAGAGAUAAGAUGGCGUUAGAGAUGUAUGAAAACUGGCUGAUAAGAAAAGAGCUGGAACAGAAGAGAAGAAAAGAAGAGAGACGGAUACAGGCGAUACUCAGAGACAGUCCCCCUCCACCGUGGAGCCCUCCUAAUAAAACCAUACCGUUCAGAAAAUAACAUCGGAAAUGUAACAUACCACCGAUACAGAAACUGUGGGUCGUGUGUUACAUUUACAUUUGUGAGUUUUUUACUGAAAUGCUGUGUGCAUAGUUGGUUUUAAACAUAGUUGAUAUUAGCUUUUAUAUUCUUCUCUGUUUAAGUCAGAAGAUGAAGGUGGAGGAGUUUGUACUUUUAUAUGUUAUUUGGGGAAAUGUUUGUAUUCAGAAGGUUUGAAAAAUAUAAAAGGAAAACGAGUGAUUAGUUGUAAGUUGCAACUAUAAAAUAGUUUUAUUUUUAACAUGUAAAAUGCAGAUUAUUCGACUGAGGUUUAGGGUUUGAAUAGGGUUUGAUUUCAGAGUUAAGUUUAUUUUGUCUAUAAAUUAAAAUAAGUUUCUGAGCAACAAACUUUGUGAAACUUUGCAAACACUUAUUGUUUGACUUAACUGCUUUAAUGUAUUGUUUAAAGCUCCUGUUAAGGACUUUUGGCUUGUGCUGAUUGUGGCGCCCCCCUGUGGACAAAGCAGGACAGUAAAUCACUUAGCUGAUCUUGGGCUGAUUGUGUAAGUGAAGUUGUCUGACUUAAAAUCUCAUCCUUGAUCUGAAAUUUAAUGCAACUAAAAAAAUCUUUGACGGGGAAACAUUUAAUGAAGGCAGUUUGCAUCGUGGUGUUACUUUUCACCUGACACCUUCCUCUGUGGCAGGAAUGACAGGGACAUAAAAUAACUUCAGAAUCAGCUUUAUUGGCCAGGUGUGCAUACACACACGAGGAAUUUGACUUCAGUGAACUGUGCUCUCUAUGUAA